AACGGUUGAAGUCAAUUAUGCACGAAGUAUAUAAAUGCGACUAUUAUUCCACAUACCUUUCUCCUGACUUGCCUACUUUUAAAUGAAUGGAAUAAGUCUGAGUUCAUUAACAUAAACUCUGUAUGUAACAUAAACUAAUAAAAAGUGUAGACAUAUUGCCAUGUGUUGGACACGUGCUGCUCUCUGGUCGUAGUUUGUAUGUGUUGAGCGUGAGUGACGUUUCGCUGCCUCGUGUGAAAUGUCAGUAGCAGAGUUUCUGAAGGGGCUACCUUCCUAUAAUGAAAAUAACUUCGCCCGAUUUCAUACCGACAGCGGAAGCCGGACUUGCGUCAAGCGACCGUCUGUUUACCUUCCAACAAAGGAAUACCCAUCAGAACAAAUAAUAGUGACAGAGAAGACUAAUAUUCUACUCAGAUAUCUCCAUCAACAAUGGGACAAAAAGAAUUCCCAAAAGAAGAGAGAUCACAUGAAUCUUGAGACGCCCGAGGAAUCGGGCUCUAGGAAAAGGCCUCGUCUGGACACUACUGCUGCUGGCAGUUCUCCCUAAUCGUUACUGGUGUACGUUGUGUGUUUCGUAUCAACUGCCAGCACUUUACCAUCUUCCUGUGCCACUAACUCUUUGUGUAAAUACUGAAACAGAGGAAUGGACGGCAGCGAUAGUAUUAUUUUUACGACUAUUUCCAAGAUGUUUAAAUUUUCCGUAUUAUUCAAAUCCAUUUUUAAUCGUAUGACACUGAAAUCCACCAAGUUUUUGUGUUUAUUUUCACAUGAAACCAUGUUAAAUGAAACAGAUGGUUCUAUAUGUCACUUUUUUUUUUUGCUGGAACAACUUGUUUUAUUAUAUUGUAUCAGAUAAUGGUAUAUAUUUGCUACUAUUGCUACUCGUCUUGAAUGCCUAUUUAUCAGUUGCUGGUGAGCAUUAUGAUACUUUGUACAGUCCUGAAUUAUUUUAUAGAAGUAUUUCUGUUAUGCAUUUUUAAGUUUUCCCAGUGCUACCAUUUUGUAUGAAUAUAAAGUGAAUGUGGAACUUAUUCAUUAACAGAAAUAUUCCUGGAACAAGAAUUGGUAUACAAAUUUUUUGCGAAAUAUAUUCUCGUUUAGAAUCAAAGAAAAUCAAACCGUAGUGGUCCAUGUCUGUUGUGAUUUGUGUAAGGAUCAGUGUCAAAAUUUUGCCUAGACAUUGGCUUUCUUCGGUUUUGUUUGAAAGCCGGUGUAUAGACAUUAUUAUCCCACACCAUGUUUAGAAAUAUUUUGGAUGUAACCAUAGCCAAUUACUGAAAGUUGUAACAUUCAAAUUUGAGCUGUACCGAUACUAAAAAUAUGGAAUCAGAUGUUCCAUGAUGUAUGUUACUUUAUGAAUAUGAAUGAAAUAUGUAAGAAAAGGAA